UCACCCUCAUCAUUCUGCCUCUUCUUUAAUUCAGUUGCACUCAGAUAUUCUGCAAGACUCUGAUGUGUGUUGUUAAUGGGAUUUACAAAGUGGCCUCCGAUGAAGACAAGGGGACGUUGUCAGGUUAGAUGUCCUGAAUCCCCUCUUUGAUCACUUACUAUUUGUUUGCCUUUGAGUAGAUUGAUCUUUACAUCUCAUGCUUUAUCUUCUCCCACUUCCUCUCUCAUGUGUUGGUCUGCAGCCAGCCUUGCAUAGCAUACUUGGCUCCACCCAUUUAUGCAAGUUUGCAAUCUGAGCUUGCAGAUUCUUCUCUUGUUGUUUCCUCUUUUUAGCCCUUCCUGACAAAUGGCAGUCACAUUGUCAGAUUAUGCAUGUGUGCAUGUGUGUUCCCGUGUGUCUACGUGUGUGACGGCAGCUUAGAGUAACAGGGCAAUGGAGCGCUAGACAGACUAGGCAGAGCACAUCAAUAACAGCACCUCACGACAGAGGUGAGAAACACUGGAAUAUCUUCUCUAUCUGUUUGUCUGCGACGUCUCGUUGUCUUUAUCGCUUCCUCCUUCCUCCUCGACUGUCUCCUCUGCUCCCUCUGUCUAUUUCUCUCCCUUUUUUCCCUCCCACUCUCCCUCCCUCCCCCCCCUGCCGUCUCGAGAGUGUGUUGGAGCCGGUAGCAGGUACAGCAGGAGCCCAUUAGUCCAGAGCCCCGCUCUGAUUGGAUAAGCCGGAGAAACCGGGAGACUGCCUCUGAAUAAUUGAUGUGCAUUGUGCAGACGCUGGACAAGGGGAAAAGACAGAUCAGAGAGCAAGGGAGGAGAAGGAGAGUGAGCAAAGGGAAAGAAGAGAGGAAGACAGGAGAGGAGAGAGGAAGUGAGAAAGAAAGAGUGAGUAGAGUAAGGGAUAUGUGCUGGGAGUGAUAAGGCGCAGGCAGGAGACUUGGAAGCAGCAAAAGCUUUGAGAGUUGCCACUGGCCUCUGCCGUAACAGGAGCAUUUGUGACACUUGAGUCUUUUCUCUGCACUAUGAAGGGAAUAAGAUGAGAUGUGCAGGGACUUUGCUUGGCUCUGGCCCUGCUGUCGUCGUGGUGCGAGGAGCUGGGUCGUCUCCUCCUGCUGCGUCACCAGAAGAGCCGGCAGAACGAACCGCAGGGGAAAGUCCCCAUGCAGCCCAGCAUGAACAGCAUGAAGCCCGGCCUCACACACAGUGAUGGAUCCUUUCCCUAUGACUCUGUCCCCUGGCAACAAAACACCAACCAGCCCCCUGGGUCAUUGUCUGUGGUUACAACAGUGUGGGGCGUCACCAACACGUCACAGAGUCAGGUGCUAGGUAACCAUAUGGCAAAUAGCAAUAACCCCAUGAACCCCGGAGGUAACCCUAUGGGUUCGGGUAUGUCUGCCAGUGCAGGGGGGAUGAACUCCCCCCAGUUUAAUGCUCAGCAGCAACAGUUUCCCAACAAAGGCGGCUCCAAUCAACAGUACAUGCAGCAGGGCAUGUAUGGCAGGCCAGGCUACCCUGGGGGUCCUGGGGGAUAUAGCGGAAAUUACUCUGGAAGUCCAAACCCCCCCCAAGGAGGAAUGGGAAUGACCUCCCACUCACGUACUCCUGGUGACUUCACUCAGCCGGCCGCGGCAGCUGCAGCUGCUGCUGUCGCUGCUGCUGCUGCCACGGCAACGGCCACAGCAACAGCCACAGUGGCAGCUAUGCAGGAAACCCAGAAUAAAGAUAUGAACCAGUAUGGACAGAUGUGUUCUUCGUUCCAAAUGGGCCCCACACAGACCUACAACAGCCAGUUCAUGAACCAGCCAGGCCCACGAGGCCCUCCUGGAGGUAUGAAUCCAGCCAACAUGGGAUCAGGCAUGAACAACCCUAAUAUGAGCGGACCUCCCAUGGGCAUGAACCAGGCUCGGACCCCAGGCAUGGUGCCCUUUGGAGCUCACGGCCAAAGGAUGCCUCAGCAGGGGUAUCCCGGAGGACCCCGACAGGGCAUGCCCAUGCAGGGGAUGAAGAGGCCGUAUCCUGGAGAGGCGAGUUACGGGGGUCAGCAGUACGGGCCUAACGGUCAGUUCCCCCCCCAGCAGGCGCAGUACCCUCCAUCGAACGCCUCCAGGCCGCUGCCAUCUCCAAACUACCCCGGCCAGAGGAUGCCUGGGCAGCAGGGGCAGGGACAGUACCCGCCUGGCAUGCCCAUGGGCCAAUACUACAAGCAAGAGCCCUUCAACGGUCAGAGCAACAGCUUCUCUGGGGGCGGUUACUCUUAUGGCCAAGGCAAUGGGCCCCCAAGGCCUGUUAACUACCCCCACUCCCCGGUCCCUGGAAACCCCACACCCCCUAUGACCCCAGGAAGUAGUAUUCCUCCAUACCUGUCGCCAAACCAGGAUGUGAAGCCCCCAUUUCCACCAGACAUGAAACCAAAUAUGACAGCACUUCCGCCCCCUCCAUGUGAGUACCAAAGGAAGACUGAAACAGCUCACCCCAAUGAGGAGCUGCGGCUGACGUUCCCGGUCAGAGAUGGCGUGGUGCUGGAGCCGUUCCGCUUGGAGCACAACCUGGCUGUCAGUAACCACGUCUUCCACCUUCGGCCCUCGGUCCACCAGACCCUCAUGUGGAGGUCGGACCUUGAGCUCCAGUUUAAGUGCUACCACCAUGAAGAUAGGCAGAUGAACACCAACUGGCCCGCCUCCGUCCAGGUCAGCGUCAACGCCACGCCUCUCACCAUCGAGAGGGGAGACAACAAAACCUCACACAAACCCCUGCACCUAAAGCAAGUUUGCCAACCUGGACGAAACACCAUCCAGAUAACAGUCACGGCCUGCUGCUGUUCCCACCUGUUUGUGCUGCAGCUGGUCCACAGGCCAUCUGUGCGAUCUGUCCUCCAGGGGCUCCUGAAGAAAAGACUCCUUCCUGCAGAACACUGCAUCACCAAGGUUAAGAGGAACUUCAGCAGCGUGGCGGCCUCGACAGGCAGCACCACUCUUAACGGGGAAGACGGCGUGGAGCAGACGGCUAUUAAAGUGUCGCUGAAAUGUCCCAUUACCUUCCGACGCAUCCAACUACCCGCGCGGGGGCAUGACUGCAAACAUGUCCAGUGCUUUGAUCUGGAGUCCUACUUGCAGCUCAACUGUGAGAGGGGGACAUGGAGGUGUCCUGUGUGCAAUAAAACAGCAUUAUUAGAAGGUCUGGAGGUGGACCAGUACAUGUGGGGAGUCCUCAAUGCCAUCCAAAAUUCAGAGUUUGAGGAGGUGACUAUAGACCCUACAUGUAGCUGGCGACCUGUCCCCAUAAAGUCUGAUCUACACAUCAAAGAGGAUCCUGACGGGCCGCUCGCCAAGCGCUUUAAGACCAUGAGCCCCAGUCAGAUGACCAUGCCCAAUGUGAUGGAGAUGAUAGCCCAGCUAGGGCCCGGCUCUGGACCUGGACCUGGCCCCUUACUCGGUCCCAGCCCGUACCCCCCACACCCCAGUCAACAUCCUAGUGGCAACGGGGGAGAUUACCCUGGAGCAGGUAAAGAACAGCAGCCAUGGUCCCACUGCGUAGGCCACACUUACCACAGCCAAGUGAGCUUUGACUUCCCUCACGGGAACCCCUCUGGUGUUGGAGGUGGAGGAGGUCCCCCCAUGAGUGACUUCAUCCAUGGCCCCCAGCUCUCACACCCCGCAGAAGGGCCUGGUGGUCUCCUCUCCCAGGACAAGCCCCUUAACCACGGCAUGAAUGAUGCAAUGUCCCAUACCGAUCAGUCCCAUAACUCCAUGCAGCAGAGUUUGCAUGCAUCUCCCCACCCCGGCAGCCAAUCAGGGCUGCCCUUACAUCACAGUGGCCAAUCAGGGCCACCUUUACAUCACAGUGGGCAGUCAGGGCAGCCCUUGCAUCACAGUGGCCAACCAUCGCAGCCGCCUCGCCAGACGCAGCCUCAGCCCCACCCUCAGCAGCCCGGGCCCAACUGUCACCCCCACAGCGAUCUGAACUUUAACCCCUCCUCAGACGGGCAGGAUAUGCCUGAACCCUCUCUGGAUCUGCUUCCAGAGCUGGCCAACCCAGACGAGUUACUAUCAUACCUCGACCCUCCGGAUCUUCCCUCCAACAGCAACGACGACCUUCUCUCCCUUUUCGAGAACAACUAGCCCUUCACCCCCGCUAUUAACCCUUAUGCACCUAAACAGGAGUGCUGAAGUGUUUGACUGUCCGUCCACAGACACCUCACCGACCUCCUAUCGAUACUUCAAGCAGCUUCCUAUGCUCACGCACGCACAUGCAUACAGAGUUUAUCGAAAGAUAAUGUGUGGCAUAGGGGCACGGCUGAAAAGAGGCGCCUGAUUGAGAACUCUAAGGGAGAAAACAGGAACGCCGCUCAUCCCCGUACUCCCUAUUUUCCUCGUGUAAAGAUUCCACGCACCAGUUCCAUCGCCUCUGACUCGAAACACACAUUUUACAGCCAUGUUGGCGGGCACUAAAGUGAUAUUAUAUAUACAUAUAUGAUAUUUGUGACUUUUCAACUGAAAACUGUGCAGCUAUAAUCAUCAUGUGUAAACAACACGGAGGAGACAGGAGCCUCUGUGAGCUCUAGGAAAAGUGUUGUAGCUUUUUGUUUUUUAUUAUCAUUUUCCUUUUUGUCUUGUAAGAGUGUUUUCAUCCUUUUUGGAAUGUGUUCUUCCAAAACCUUGGCACAUGCCAUGCCCUUCGCCCCCCGAGAUUUUCUCAGUGUGUGUGACAGUUAAAAAGCUGGAACUCAUCAGAAUCAGAGCACUGAAGGACGAGAUAAAAUGUCCUCGAGUGUCGACAGAGGAAACGAGCGCACAUUGUGCAAUGUAGUGUGUGAGUGUGUCAGUGUGUGUAUUUACGUAUGUGUGUGUAUGUUUACGUGUUCUCUUUUGUUUGCAUGCGAGCGUAUAUGAAAGACAGCGGGGAGAGAAAGUCCGAGACAGAGGAGGGAAGAAGAAUAUCGAACGUGAAAAAAUAUAAAACAAUCCACUUUAUGAACUGUCUGGUACUUCUUCUCCAGCCGGUCUCCAGUCGUUCUUGUGUAUUUAUUGUAAUGUUUCGCUCUUCCUCAUCAAAGUCAGUACCAUUUUGUUCACAAGUGCAUGUGUGCCAAUGGCUCCUGUUGUCUUUGUCCAGCCUAAACGUGCUUGAUCAAAUCAUUUUUCUCUCUUGUCUUUAUAUUUAUUAUUUUAUUUCAAAUUCAUCUUCUUUUUUUUAUUUUUAUUGUCAUCCUUUUUUUAAGUGUUUUAUCUUUGUCCCACAUUUGAUCAAUUAUUCAGACACACAUCACCAAAGUUGUCCUAUACUUUUUGUAAGGGGUUGGCCCUGGAUAUUUUGUUGGUGCAAGAGAAGGAUUUCAACAUCUUACAGACGUCUACAGAAGUUUUUAAAUCACUGUGUUUUAUAGAAACGUCUGUGUGUUUGUUCUGAUCUUUCCUUUUGUUGUUUUGUACUGUUGAAUUGCAUCUUUUUGGGGGGGAAGAAUCCUGCAUGAUCCAACAGUGUUUCCAGAGCUGUUGUAUAUACCCUUUGUGAAUACUUUGUGACUGUACCUAUCUAUUACUGGCAACUACAUGGUACUGUAUGUCCGUCAAGGACUACACACGCUCACACACACACUCAAACACACACAGAAUACCUUCUAACCAGUCCAAUAUUGUAACAAAUUGAUCCAAAUGCACUCUCACUGGCCUUGUAAUGAGUACCUAUGUAUUGUUCUCCAAUAUCUUGUAACAAUGCAUCGGGAGAACGCAUAUUUGGUCGGCUUUAAAUUACUUGUUUACUUUCAAAAAGAUGCAGCUUAGAGGUCCAAAUUUCUUUUUAAAUUUUUAAAUUUCAUUAGUGUGACUUUGUCCUCUUUAUUUAAUGGUGAGAAUGUGCAAAAUGUCCCCCGUAUAUAUUUUUUAGGCCUGAUAAUGAGUUUUUGAUAACGAUACUGAAAUUUGUGUAUUUUCAUCACAUUUGAUAUUAAGUUAUUAUUUUUGUCCAGUGAUUUUAAGUAUGAUUUGGUUUACACAGUUUUAUGCAGUACAUUUGAGUUAUUUUAAAUAUGCUGUAUGAUGUUAGUUUUCCCAUUAGAGAUUUUUUAUCUGAUUGAAGAACCAAAUAUGGCUUAACUGAUGUUCAAAAAUGUAUCAAAUCGCCUGCAUAUAACACAGUUGAAGGAUCAGAUGUUGUAUACGUUUGUUUAUAUGUUUGUAAAAGACAAUGCACUGCCGCAUUGGGAUGUUUUAUUUCCCUACACAGUGUGUAACUGUAACUGCAACCUUUCACAAAAUCACGUCUCGUAAUUUGAGCGACACAAAUUGUACUGUCUCAAUGCGGACAUUUGAAAUUGAGUUGAGGAUAUAAAAGAGAAUGCAAUUAAUAUUGUAAAAUGGAACUUGAGGGAGACCCCCUCCUAUUUGCAUUACAAGGUGAGGUUGUGGCAGAGGAUUGGGGGUGGGGUUGGGGAUGUAAGGGAUACGUGUAUAUAAUGUAAAUGACAAAUAGAGACAAGUUAACAGAAAUGUAUUCAUUUUCUCCAGGGGGAGUGUGCAUAGUGUAUUUAGAAUUUGUAAAGCUUGCAUCCUCCUGUCGGACAUUGAAUUGGAAAAUGGAGUCUGUGUUUGAUUGUGUCUGUGCAGACCUCUCUAACCACACCUGUUCAUUUUAUGGAAGAUACUUUAUGUACCCCUCCACGUGGGGUUUUCAAGAGAAAAGAAAUGUUUCCUUUGUGUAAUAUUAAACUUCUGUGUAUUUCUCUAUUACCUGUGUACUUUAUAAAGGUGCUACAAAUUAUUAAAACAAUUUGAGGUAUAA